CUGACUCUCCCGGACACGUUAGGUCCGUUCCGUUGGUAGUUUCAUCCCGUUACUGGGAAUCCAUUAAUCACUAUUUAAGACCAAGGGGCCAACCACACCGUGACAAGACCGUACCAACUCAACUCUUGCCAUUGCUCAUCUAUCUACAUUCAGUUUCAUACUCCUCCGUAGUUAAAUCAUCUCUCUCCAUCAUGUCUCUCGUCCUUGAGCUCCCCGCUGAAUACGGCUUCGUCCUCGUUGCCGCCACCUCCACCUUCUUCAUCAACACCCUCCACGUUCUCCUCACUAGCAAGGCUCGCAAGCGAAGCGGUAUCAAGUAUCCCGUCGCCUACGCUUCCAACGAGCUCGCUGAGAAGGACGCCGAGGCCUUCAAGUUCAACUGCGCCCAGCGCUCGCACGCCAACUUCACCGAGAACCAGAUCUCUUUCCUUGGUGCUCUUCUGAUCUCUGGCCUUCGUUUCCCCGUUGCCUCUGCCGUUCUUGGUGCUGGCUGGGCCUUCUCUCGUGUAUUCUACGCCAUUGGCUACUCUGCUGGUGGCCCCAAGGGACGCAUGGGUGGCUCAAUCGGCUCUUUCCUCUGCGAUACCUCGCUCAAGUGCAUGGCCGCCUAUACCUCCAUCAUGUUUGCCAUAGGCAACUAAGUCGGACUGACGGACAAGUUUUGGGGGGGGAAAAAAGUAAUAUAUGCAUGACAUUAGUUUCUGUUUUACUUAACUAGACCUGCCACGAAUUCCCCAUCGUUGCUAUUUCCUGCUUUUUGCUGUGACCAUUAGACGCCUGCGUAUCCGUCCAUUACAUGCAACUUGACCAAUUCCAAAAAGAAAGAAAGAAAAAUCAUAAUGCUCAAUCGUAAAUCUCAUACCAAAUCCUUAUUCAACACCCUCCUGCAUCCCGUACAAACUCACAUCAGCUUCACCUUCGAAGCCUUCUCCUUCUCAGCUCCUGUCCAACGGUCGGGUUUUGCUCAGAAUCUUGGACUGGCUGAUUUUCAUGCAUCUCCACCUUGUCAUCCUCUUCAGCCUCAGUAAUGGACUCGAUGCCAUUGUUACCCAAGAGAUAGUCUCCGUAAUACUUCAUCGCAUUGAAUAUCUCUUCUCCUGUUGGAACAAUGUGCUCUUUGGGAAGCAGGAAACCGUAGCUGCCGGUAUCUCGAAGCUUGAGCUGGUAGCUGUAGUGAGCUCGCAUUUCAUGAUAGAACCAGUCGACAGCUGAUCCGCCGCCAGAUUCGAUGCGAGACCAGUAACGACCACCGCUGAAUUCCCGUGCUGAGACCGCACCCUCACACGCCGAUGCAACCGUGUACGACUCUCCAUUUGAUAGACGGAUAGACUUCGCAAUACCUGCGGCAAGCUCUUCCAAGUUCUCCAGAUUGGGAGGGUCGACGGAGCAAGUGUAAGAGUAAGGAUAGAGAAUUUGCUGAGAGUAUGAAUGUAAAUCAAUCAAGCCGACAAAUCGAACGUUGUUGUUCCAGGUUUGGUUCCGCGCCCAAUCGGCAAUGUGCACCGCUUCAACUGCCUGAAAAGGCUUCUCUCCCCCAUAACUCUCAGAGCAUGGGUCCCGUUGAACCUGUGAGCCAUCCCACUCGUACCCGUAAGCUCGGUCAAGGUCCAGUCCACGGCAAAACUGAAGGUUAGUCUGUUGUCGUGUUUUGCGCCAGAGCCGAUCGAUAUGCCAGGUAUACUCGAAACCAUCAGGGUUCGCGAUUGGGAGGAAGACCAAGUCGAACUCGUCCAAUAGCUUUGUGAUCAUCCGUUCUUUACCAUAGCUAGUGAUGAAGGACCAUGCCAGGUAGUUGACAGUACUCGUUGAGAUCCAUUCGCGAGCAUGAGAGCCGCCCAUGAUCAUGAUUGUUUUGCGCCGAGGCGCAUCCGGUGCUGUGUUCGGAAUCCCCACUCGUAGGGCAGGUAUAUCGCGGCCUUCGUAUGACUUGCCGAUGUUGAUGUACUUGACAUAGGACGGAAACAUAGCCUCAAGGAGACGCAUCCAUCUCAUCACGACCGGCAGAGACUGGUAAUCCUGGAAAAAGAGGUUGUCUCCAGGCGAAGAAGCGACUUUCAGGACCGGAGGGGCGGGCUUAGGAUCGUAAUAAGCUGGGUUUCCUCCGAUAGGCAGUGAUUUAUAGACCGCGGCGGCCAAAUCCGGGAUCAGAAUCGAGUGCGAUGCGUGUAGUGUCUUAGGAAGCAAGCUCAGCAGAGGUCGAACCUCGUCAGCGUGUAGGCGGAUGUCGACAUAGUCAUCGGUAAAAGCCCAGACAUCGAGAAAUAGUCGAGCAGCGGCAUCGGCAAGGGCUCCCUCUUCGUGCGAGGUAGUGACGUUGAAGCGGAGGACCAACUGAUUGAGGUAUUGUGCGCGUAGUUGAUUGAUGACGGGCGGCGGGGUGUUUUUACUUGGAUGACGUCCGAAGACGGUCUCGAUAGCCUUGUCGCGAAGUUUAGAAAGGAAAGGGAAGAGUCGUUUGUUCGCGUCAUUAUUGUUAUUCUCGUUAUUCUGUAAAUCUGGGACGGCACGAUGUGUAUCGAUGCCAGCGGCGUGGGUGCUGGAGGCCUGCAGAAGUAGCAGACUCGCUGCCAGUAAAGGCAACCUCAUCUUGAGUCUUAUAAGAGAACGCGCAGCCGACUCGAUCAAUUGAUGCUGAUUGCCUGAAGUGGCCGGGAUUGGAUGUGGAGGACUAUCAGCCCUCAGCUGAAUAAUUGAUGACUCUGUAUGAUGGAUGUAGCGACAAUUAUUAAAGAUAUGAGUGACGAUGUUUGAAGGUUACACUGCC